AUGACUGACCAUGUUGAAUGCCACUGUAAGAUCAAGCAAAGAAAAGGAAAGCCGAAAGCUCCUCUCCCUCCAUCUGAGAGAAAAAGUACUGAGUUUUCUUCAUUUGAUGAUUCAGAACUAACUAACUUCACCAUGGAACAAAAAGAGAAUAUCAUUGACAGAGACAUAGAGCUGUCUGUGGUUCUUCCGGGCGAAGUGAUCAAGUCUACUUCUGUGAAUGGCAACAAACCAAUGAUGGAUUUACUGGUAUACCUUUGUGCACAGUACCGUUUAAAUCCUUCAAGCCAUACUAUAGACUUGAUGUCAGCGGAGAAAAAGCAGAUCAAAUUCCAGCCAAACACACCCAUUGGAAUGCUUGAAGUAGACAAAGUGAUUCUAAAGCCAAAACAGAUGGAUAAGAAGAAGCCCACUCCUAUCAUUCCAGAGCAAACUGUGAGAGUAGUAAUUAAUUACAAGAAGACCCAGAAGACUGUUGUCAGAGUUAGUCCUCAUGCACCACUUCAAGAGCUCUUGCCAGUCAUCUGUAGCAAAUGUGACUUUGAUCCUUUACAUACCAUGUUGCUGAAAAGUUAUCAAUCUCAGGACACUCUUGACUUGGAAAAGUCGCUGAAUGACUUUGGACUCAGAGAAUUAUAUGCGAUGGAUGUCAGCCAAGUCACACCAACUUCUGAAUUCCAUUUGUCAACUUUACAAGAUGCUUGUCAAAACUCUCAGAAUUUGGAUAUUUUGAAGGAGAAAGAAAAUAAAGGGUUCUUCAGUUUUUUUCAACGAACUAAGAAGAAACGAGAACAAACUGCCAGUGCUCCUGCAACUCCAUUGAUGAGUAAACCAAAACAAACCUUUUUCAUAAGGUCCAACACGGUUUCCAAACAAUAUGAGUCAAAUACCCUCCCGUCGGAAACGCCAAAAAAGCGACGAGCACCCUUGCCCCCGAUGCCGGCUUCUCAAAGUGCUCCCCAGGAUCUUGCACAUGCCCAGCACAGACCUGCAACUUGUGUCGUGAAAUCUAGCAGUGUGGAUGAAACCGAUAAGGGGCUUUCAACAAUAGGAAGAGUGAGAACAGGUUCUCUUCAGCUAAGCGGCACAUCCUCUGUCAAUUCUUCCUUGAGACGGGCAAAGCGCAAAGCACCAUCCCCACCUCCCAGAAAAGGCCGAAGUGACAACAGUAUCGCAACAGGAUCUGAGUCAGCAGAAUCAGUUCAGACAGAGGGACCUGUGAGAGGAAGACAUUCAGAAGUACCAUCUCCAACAGACAAAAUAGUUGACCUAACCGGAACUUCAGCGCCACCCUGCGCCAUGUGCUACCUUGAGCCAGCCAGUCCUGAUCAAAACAAUGGGCAGCAAAGCUCAGAUACAACUAAACUUUGGGGUAAUGCUGAUAUCCCAGAUGAAUCUGAAGUGUCUCUUAAAUCUGACAUAGACUCUGAAUUUAGCCUGGAGGAGAUUGAUGAAAAGGAAGAGCUGCGUGAAGAGAGCACUGACACCUUUCUCAGGACUCGAGAGUUUUUGACCUCCAGUAUUGCUCCUAAUGUAGCAUUCAGUCCUGGAAAAAAUGAGUCUGCUUCAUUGGUGGCUUCAGAUCCUGGCAUUUCCACUGAAGGUGAUGGGCAAAUCUCCAGGGAAGGAGAAAAACAAGACACAACUGCAUAUAACAAAGCUCAGCACAGCCAUAGAGACCAGGGGGAAGCUGCACUUGGGAAUGGCAAAGCAUUGGAAGCACUGCAGCGCAACCAAAACAGUGGUCAAGAGGGUUCAAAAUGCCUUCCAGUGAUGACAGAAGAAAGCAAGACUGACAUGGAAGACAGUAACGAUCUUGGAGCAGAAAGUUUCUCAAACUGCCAAACUUAUCAAAGUGACAUCAGUCAGGACCGCAAUCCACAAGCACUUUCAGGGGGUCUGGAACAGUCUAACUUGGAGCCAGUAAAGACUCAAGAUGCUGCAAUUCAGACAACCCCAUCUGCUAACUUUUUUGUUCAGACUCAACUGAGUGAGAGUCCUAGUUUUCAGGGUGGCAAGCAAAGCACUCACAAAGGAGUAACCCAUACGCACAGAUCGGCUCCAGAGAAUCAACCCUCAGAGCUCCUAUACAGGGUACACAAGACUGUAGGAACUUUGACAGAGUUCAGCUCUCUGAAACAACAAGCUACACAUGACAGAGCAAGUCCCAGUGGCGAUCGAAAUGAUGUACAUGCAAAUGAGGAUAACAUUCCACCACAGAGAGUUGUCCAAAGUCCUGUUACUUCUCCUACAAAGGGUUACCCACUUUAUCAACAACGCUCAACCCCUAAGCCAAAACCUUCCAAUGAGAUUACAAGAGACUAUAUACCCAAAAUUGGAAUGACUACCUAUAAAAUAGUGCCCCAAAAAUCUCUAGAAGUACUGAAGAAUUGGGAAUCAAACACUGUUGAGGAUCAGGAAGCAGUCUCUUUGCCCAUGUCUCCCAAGAAUGAGAAGUCCCAGGAGUUAGGCACACAAACAGAAGUCUAUAAUACCUCAAAUCUAACAGGGCCUGAGCUUAGACAAGAAGUUGUGUUGCCGGGGAACGGUUUCCUUCAUAAAACAUGCAGUGUUGGUAAUAAUGCUGCAGUUGCUCUCUCUAAUGCCCAAGGCAAGAAAUUGGGAGCAGAACAUUCCAAACCUAAUCCAGAUCACAUAAUUGCUCCGUUGGUACUAAGCACGGAAAAUAAAAGUUUUUCGCCACCCGCAGAGCAUGAAAAAUCAAGUAUAUUAAGUCCUCCAGCAAAGCCAAGCACUUUCUAUUUGCAGAUGCAAAAGAGGGCAUCUAGUCAUUAUGUAACAUCUGCAAUUGCAAGAAGUAGUUCUGUUAGCAGCCCUACUCAAAAUGAAGCUAAAAGUUUAGUGGCAGACAAGAAACCAGCAUCACCAGAUCAGACAUCUUUUCCGUUUCCUAGAACAGUCAGCAUUCCUUCCCAGUCGGUUGAGGAAAAGGCUGAAAAUGGUCACAAUGAGAAAAAAACAGAUGUCCCCACUUCGCCUGUAAAACUGUCUCAGCCUCUGAAUUCUCCCCCCACCCCGCCUCCUUCAUUAAACCUUAGAACUAUUAGGACUUUUUUUGUGCCACAGCCAUAUUCUCUUUCUAGGCCCUCCCCUUUUGCUCUUGCUGUGUCAUCAGCCGUUAAGAGAUCACAGUCAUUCAGUAAAACCAGUCCAAGCGGGCCGUUACAAGAACAGUCCUCUGUCGACCUUCCUUCACCAAAGUCAAAUGCCGAGAUGAAGAACCAUUCUCCUUUGCAAAGUCCAACAGGCGGGUUGAAGCAGAGCAUGGCAGAGAAGGAAACCAGUUGUGCAAGCCGCGAGCAAAGCCGGCAGGUGCGCUCUUUAUCUGGCCACCCAACAACUGCUGUCUUUGGGAAAGGCGCUGCUGUAACACUCCAACGCCCUGACCCAGAACAGAUCCACCAGAGCUUGCUGGCUGCAAUCCGCUCUGGAGAAGCUGCUGCCAAAUUGAGAAGGGUUGGUCCUCCAUUAAAUAUUGUUGCCAUCAAUGGGAGAUCCAGUCUUGAUUCCUCAGUGGCCACAGAAGCAAGACCCAAUAAUCACUAGGAUUGCAUGCCAAAUACUUUGCACUUUAAUCAUCAUGGCAUAGACCUACUUCAAAGUUAACUGCAUAUUGUUGAAGAGUAUUUGUAAAUGCAGGGUUGGAGUAUAUAUCGUCAAAGUGGAGCACAGAAACUUCAUUUGGGGCCUCAGGCCUGGAGAGAGAAUAUAUAAUUUAUAGCAAUAUGUUUUUUUGUCUUUAAAGCUGAAAAUGCUGCUUCAGAGCUUAAAACAUGGAGCAAAGAGUUUGCUGCCAUGAUAAUCAAACAUGUUAAUUUACCCACAGUGAAUGAUGUGUUGCAACAUGCUGUAUAAUGUUUAUAACUGCCUAAUAAUGAUGCUCACAAAUGUAAGUAUUAGUUUAAAAAUUCUGCCAUCUGUUGCCUUAGUUUGUUAGGUUGAAAUGAAAUACUGUAGGUUAGCAGGAUGCUCUCUAGAAUGUCAGUUUAUGCAAGUUUCACUUUAUUCAGUUAAGGGUAAGAUCCUGCCACAGU